GAAUUACCAAAAUUUUAAUUUAAAUUAAAAAGGGGAAAAUAGGAAAACUGAGAUUCUGAGAAGUGAGAACGGAGAAUGUUAGAAUUCCACACCGGAAAAGUUUGAAUCAACAAAGUGCUAUAUUAAAACAUGGGCACUCUUCGUAUCAGGUUAAUCUUUUAGGAUGUAACCUCGCCAGAGCAUGAACCAAACUGAAAUAACCUCACGACCUCAACAAUGAACGACCAAAACAACGUGAAUGGCUCAAACGCUGGAAGCUCUUCGGCGAAUGGGUUGUCCACCGGCAACGGAAUACCGCGACGAAAGAUCACAGACCCUUCUUCGGCGUAUUAUUUAUCCACCUCGGAUUUUCCGGUGUGGGAUUCUAACAGAGAACCUACCGGUCACAGGGGCGUCGAGCAGGAAGAUGACGGUCCGGUGUGGCGGCGUCCGGCGUAGCCUUGAUUUGGUGGUUGCUGCUUGGUUGCUUGCGCAGGACUGCAGGAGCAGGGACAGAAGAGUGAAGAGUCUGAAGACCGUCCUCUUGGAUGCGAAAAUUAAAAAGGUCAUUGGGCCUUGGUUGAUUGCUGCAGGCUGCGAAAAUUAAAAAGGUCAUUGGGCCUGGGUUCCUGAAAAUUAAAAAGGUCAUUGGGCCUUUAAUUUAAAAGGUCUAAUUUUUUUUUCCUCGCUUCUUCCAGUCUUCCCUGUCCUUCAGCCGGCAAACAGAGGCACAGCCGCACAGAGACAGAGCUCUCCAACUCUCCAAGAGGUCAACAGCUCGACGGAAAACUAGUCUGGCGGCACUGCGGCAGAUCCGCCCCUGGGUGCUGGUAAUGAAACUGCGGCAGGUGAGCGGGUCCGCCGCUGAAAAUAAGUACCGUGCGCAACAUUUUUUUCUGUUACUUUUGUGUUAUAAAGUAUUUUCUUAAAUUUAUUCAGUAUAAAUUAUGUUCCUGAUUUUAUGUAUGAUGAAAUAUAAUAAAUAGCUUGUUUUAAAUAUGAUUUAGUGCUGAAAUACUUUUCUUUAGUGCUACGUACGUAGUAUAAGUUUUACUAUGACACAUAAACCAAAGAAAAACUAAAGAUAAAACUUACUACAAUCGUUCUCUUUUAUGUGUC